AUGAAAUCCAGAGCUCCAAAAAUGUCAUCAAUGUCUUCAGCCGAAACAGUAGCCGAUAUCGAUGAGCUUUUGAAGCAGAUCCUGGUAAGGCUUCCGGCUCUAUCUCUGCUCCGCUUCAAGUCCGUCUCCAAGCGCUGGCUCUCUCUCAUCUCCGACCCCGACUUCCGUCUCCAAAACCCCAAAACCUCCGCUUUCUUCGACGACUCCUUCAUCUCUGUCCACCUCCAACUCCAACAGCCCGGCCGGAACCCCUUCAAAGCCCUCCACGACUCCGCCCCCGACGCCUCCAUUUUCAGGAUCCUCCAGUCCUGCAAUGGCCUCUUCCUCUGCCACAUUCCCUACGCGUUUUCCAAACACCGCAAACUCCACCCCGUCUUCGUCGUCAAUCCCACCACCAACCGAUUCCGGGCUCUUUCCCCUCCCGGGGUCACGGUCUCUGAAACGAUCCUCAGAAACGGCUUCGUCCGCUACGGCUUGGCUUUCGAUCCUUCCAGAUCACCGCAUUACAAGGUGGUGUGCAUCAACAGCUACCGCGACGGCCGCCAUGAGAUUGAGAUAUAUUCGUCUGAGACCGGAGGGUGGAAGAAGAAGCAGCUCAAUGCUCCUUUCUUCCCCAAGCCGAUGGAGUUCGACUCAAGGAGCCGGGAGGGCGCCGUGUACUGCGACGGCGCGGUGCAUUGGAUAAGGAGCAGAGCGAAUGCAGGCUUGAGCUGGGGCUCGAUAAGGACGGGUGAUGGUCCAUGGUCCAGAGAUGAGUGUGAUGUGUUGCACUAUUUUAACUUCGGUGAGGAACGGUUGGGGGUUGCUCCUGUGGCUCCUCCUGUCCCUUUGGUUGUCAAGAACAUUGCGUUACAGGAGGGAGGAACAUUCGGCGGGGAUGGAAUCUUCCCCACUGAGUGGCCGACUUUGGCGAGUAGGUAUCUUGGGGAGUGUGGCGGGCGGUUGUGUUUGAUUGAGACUUAUAAGCAUUGCAUGACCGAAUUUGAUGUGAUGGAGAUGGAGAGUGACUAUUCCGGAUGGCUUGUCAAGUAUAAUGUUGAUCUCAAUCCGCUUGUCGCUGCUGCUCUUCGUAGACGCAUUCCGAUCGCUUUCGUCAUCUUGGGGCUUGUUCAGGAGGAUCAAACAUAUUUUGAGGUGGAGGGUACUUCAACUGAUCUUUUGUUGCACUUGCCUGGUAAGGUCAUAUCUUAUAAUCUUGUGACUAAGACCUUCAAGACAUGUGUUAAGUUAGCCAGAAGGAAACUUUUUCUAGGAUUAGGUGAUAAGCAUAAUGAUUGGGAGGGUUUUGCUUUUCCUUAUAGGGAGACUUUAGCUAGUUUGUGAGGAUGGAAUCUAUGUAUCCCAUACAUGAUGUGCUUCUAUUCCCAUGUAUGUUAUGCUUUCUACUUCAAGUACUUAUCUACUUAUGACAGUGGUUCCUUCUGGGUUGUUACUUUGUUUGUAAUCAAGUUAUGCUUCGUAUUAGAAAAUUCAGUUACC